UAAGUUGGAUAUACAAAAGAUCUAUAGAGAGAGAGCCAAAAAGUACAUCUAGAGAGAGAGAACUUCAAGUUUUCAACGCCAAGCCCCUCUCUUAUCAUCCGUACAUAUCUUCCGAUCCAUCUCGGUCUCAACUCCAUUUCAAUCUUCAACUCUCUCUCUCUCUCUCUCUCUCUCUCUCUCUAUUCAAUAUCUUUAUCAAUUAUCAUCAUAUAUAUAAAUUGGGUACAGUUUCUACUCUUUUAUAAACACACAUCUUGAUCACAAACCUCUCUCUUUCCUCGUCGUUCUCUCUCUUUGUGGGUUAUACUUUUGUGCGUGUGUACAAAUAUACAUGCAAAUACACAUACACAUAGGAAGAUAUGAUGGGUUACGAGCAGAUGAAUCAGAUGACAAUGACGACAACGGCGAUGAUGAAGAAUUACAAUAAGAGGGGACUAAACAAUAACACUCCACAGAAGAAAAUAAUGACGAGGAGAAGUGUGUCGGCCAUUGACGGUGGUGCAGCUGCGGCGGCGGCUGAGAAAGGAGAUCGCAGCCAGAAUCUCAAGACUCUCGAUCUUAGCGGCAUGUCCCUGGCUUCUCUCUCUGCCUCUUCUAUCAACUUAGCGUCAAUCUCCCAACUCGAUCUUUCCAACAACAAUAUUCAGAAAAUUCCGGAAUCUCUAGUAGCAAGAAUGUUAAAUUUGUCAGCAUUGGAUUUACACUCCAAUCAGCUCAAAACUCUUCCCAACUCCAUCGGAUGUCUUUCCAAGCUUAAGUUUCUUAAUGUCUCCGGAAAUUAUCUCCAGUUUCUCCCAAAAACUAUCGAAGAUUGCCGAUCGCUGGAAGAGCUGAACGCCAACUUCAACGAGCUGACGAGGCUCCCAGACGCGAUAGGGUUCGAGCUAACCAAUCUGAUCAAGCUCUCCGUCAACUCGAACAAGAUCAUCCAGUUACCACAAUCCGUUAGCCACUUGACGUCGCUGCGUGUGCUUGACGCACGGCUAAACCGACUUGGUUCUCUCCCUGAGGAUCUAGAGAACCUCGUGAACCUUCAGGUCCUUAAUGUCAGCCAGAACUUCCAGUACUUGACGACGUUGCCUUACUCCGUCGGGUUGUUGAUAUCUCUCGUGGAGCUUGACGUCAGUUACAACGGAAUUACAGUUUUACCACACUCCCUCGGUUGUCUCCGUCGCAUUCAGAAGCUCUCCGUCCAGGGUAAUCCCCUCAUCUCCCCACCUUUUGAAGUGGUGGAACAAGGAUUGGAAGCAUUGAAGCAGUACAUGAGCGAGAAGAUGACCGAGUCUUAUAAGAAAACUCCGACCAAGAAAAAGUCGUGGGGAAUUGGUAAGCUCGUCAAGUACGGAUUGAGCUCUUCUCCGGGGAGGAGAACUGGCCGUGGAGACGAGAGGCAAGGCUUCAUCAACGUCUCUGAUUACCGUCAAAUAGACGGAAUCGCCUCCCCGCGACACAUGUCCCUCUUCAACCCGCGACGCCUCUUGUCUCCACUCUCCGCUUAUUUCUCUCCUCCAAGGUAUUAGCUUAGGUGUGUGUGUUCUGUUUUUAAUCUUCUACAUACGAUUGCAAAACCGUCGUCAUCAGUACUACUGUUACAUACAUGUAUUUUUUUAACUGUUAAUGUCUUUGUACAUUGUUUUCUGCAUGCUUAGCGUGAGGAUAAAAUCAUAUCUUUGUAUAUACGUUUUUGGUUUUGUGUUUUUAUGUCUGUAUCAGAGAUUUUUUAAAUGGUUUCUCUCUUUUCGUUGUAUUGUAGUUCAAUUUUGUUGAACACAUUUGUAUAUUAUGACAUAGACACACUUACAGUGUAGUCCAUAUGUAUAUAGUGGAAGAUCGCAUUCUGAUAAUA